CCUUCGUACACUGGUGAGCAGCAACAAUCCCAAAACAUAAAAAUAAAGAGAAAUAAAAAGAAAAAGAAAAAUUAUUCCUAAUGUCAUUAUUGUCGCGCACCUUUCAACUUGCUACUCAUCUUGUACCAUCUCAACGUACAUUUUCAACCACGUUAGGAAUGACUGAAAAAGCAACAUUUGCCGCUGGCUGCUUCUGGGGUGUCGAGCACAUGUACAACAAGUAUUUUAAGAAAGAUGGAAUCACCACCAAGGUUGGCUACAUUGGAGGAAAGGUCGACAACCCCACUUACAAACAGGUAUGCUCUGGAGCAACAGACCAUGCAGAGGCAUUGGAAAUCACCUUUGACCCAAAAAGAGUAGAGUAUGCCAAACUUGUAGAGUUCUUUUAUAAUAUGCACGACCCUACUACUCUCAACGCACAAGGACCCGACAGAGGCACCCAAUAUCGCUCUGCUAUAUUUUAUCAUUCACCAGAACAAAAGGAAAUAGCUGAAAAGGUUACAGCGGAAGUUCAGGAGAAGCAUUACAAAGGGAAAAAAAUUGUUACUGAGAUUGUUCCAGCUGGAGUAUUUUAUGAUGCAGAGACAUACCAUCAGCUUUACUUGGAGAAGAACCCGAGUGGUUAUGAGUGUCCAUCGCACUUUCUCAGAUGGUAACCAUAUUAGUCUUUAUUAUUAAUCAUAAUAAAAAAAGACAUGCGUGCUGACAUACAUGGAAAGGUUGUUAUCGCAUUUUAACUAAAAUAACACCAGAAAUAAAUACAUAUAUAAAAACCAAACACACUUUGUUUACGGUGUUUUAGGUGGUACUUUUAGGAUUAUUUUGGUAAAAUCAUCAAUAAUACUACCUCUUUUUUUUUGAAGUCUAUCUAGAUCUUAAUUGACUGAAGUAUGCUAGAUUUUAUUUAUAUUCUGAUGUGCUUAUUUCUCAGUAAUAUUACUGUAAUAAGCAUGUUGUUUCUAGAAUCUGAAUCCCAAAAAAAGGCUAAUCUGACUUGAAAUACUCUUGUAUGUGAUCGAGUAGUUUCUUUGGGUAUCUCUGGGAGCAGAUUAAAUGCCUUUGUGUUUCAUCUUUAUAUCAAAUACAGUAUAUAUUGCUCUCCUCUCCCCUCGAAAACCAAGAAAACACAUCUGACUUUAUAAUUGCGUGUAAAGGAGGUUGUAUAAUAAAUGAUAUAUGUCAUGUUAACACG